UAAAGCACACGCCACGUAAUGGACGCGAGCCUACAUGCAGCCGUUUGAUGCGCUAAUAACAGGUAUGCUUUAGUUCCGCGGUUACGACUUAUACUAAUGUAAAUCACCACUGUUUCUGUCUCUCAGGCGGUCAGGGGCGGAAACUUCUAUUGACAGCAACGCGCUUGAAUUUGAAGUAGAGUGCAAAAUUGAAAGGUUUCUUAAAUGUCAUCUUCCGUAACUGUUUAACAUUUCUAUUCUAAAACGAUUCGAUGUCUCAGUGGCUUAGAUGUACUUAGCGUAGUGGAUGUGAAAGUUUGAAUGUUAUAUUCUAUAUUUACUUUUUGUGUGACAAGACGGAAGCUUAACGUAAUGAUGUAAGCGUAUAUAGUGUUGCCAUGCACAGGAUUAAUAUGCACAUUGGUGAACUGCACGUGUUGUAGCCUAGUAGGCGGAAGAGGCGAUGGAUCUGACCAAUAGCGUCCCAGUGGCCACGGCCUUUUAUUUCUUAAAGCAAUUAUUAAAUGUGUCGACUCAGAUGCGCAUGUUUAACAACUCUGCGCUUUGACGCAAGGGAUAUGGAGGGACAAUAACAAAAAAGAUGUGAAUGCAAACACACCUAUGUGCGUGCUGUUACACGACGGAUAUGCUUAUAAACGCGCAUGAAUAGGAAAAAUAAUAUUUUACAAAAUAUAACACUGUGCUAUCAUCAUAAUCCACCUAGUGCCUGAAUGGUAUAGAUACAUGUGUGAUAAAUACUGUGAGUAGAAUCCGUGAAAGUAAGAAAGCAUGGGUAACGUACCUGGUCAUUGUUUGGGUCGGAACCGGAACCGACUUAGCUCAUAUCUCACACCCGCCGAAAAGAUUAUCCUCCGAACCACGCUCGAGCUCAUCAAAGAUGACCUGCACGAUCUGGGCGUAAUCGUCUUUGUGAGGUUUUUCGAGACCGAGCCGAAGCUGAAGCGACUGUUCCCGAAGAUCGUGCGGGUGAACGAGAACAACGAGCUAGAGCUCGAGAUGGACGGGGAGAUGCUGAGAAAACAUGGCCAUAAUGUCAUGCACACACUAGGUGGCGCCAUAGAGAACAUGGAGGAGAGCGACUUCAUGAACACAGUUAUCAUAGCCAUCGGCUCUACGCAUGUUCGCCGGAAGGUCAAGGGCAAAAUGUUAUACCAUCUGUGGCCGUCAUUGGACUACGGACUCCGGGACGUGUUACAAGAGCGAUACACACGAGAGGUCGCGGCGGCGUGGAAGAAACUAUUCUACUAUACCAUCAACCAGAUGAGGAGGGGAAUGAAGGCCAGCAAGUUUGGAAUUAACAAAGCCACGGACGUCUGAUCCUGCGAAAUUGCAACAGGGAACAGUACUUUGAUGUUAUACGUUACUCUAUUCCUUGGUGACACUUGACGUGCGCGGAAGUGAGAAAUUGGUUUGCUUGGGUGUGAUAGCCCGUUGUUAAAGAAGGACAUUCAUUGGAACUCAUGGAACUCAUACUCGUUUUGCUCGUGUUGUACACGCACAAUGUCAUACAAGACAUGGACGUUUAAAACAUGUAGAACGGGUCAUGAAUCUGUCGGAUUAAAAGAAAUGAUAUUAAUGAAAGAAUGGUGGACUUGUACAAUUAAUAUAUAUGUAAGCGCCUUUACCGACAUGUUUUACUGUACAAGGAUGUUUUAUUGUCAGUUUUCUUUCUUGGAGAUAGAUAUGUACUGAUUCGUUUAAAGAUAAUGGCUACGAAUGUGUCGCAAGCCAUAUCAAAAUAUGUGACUUUGCACGUAAAGAAUGCUCAAAGGACGUUCCCAACAUAGUAUUUUCCUUCCCCGUGAUACUCCCUACUUUGAUUGAUGUACUGGUUACAUUACUUCUGACAUAAUUUUAGUUUACCUGCAUCUGUCGCGUUGUAGGACUCUUUACAUGCCAAAUGCAAUGGUUUGUUGAGUUAGUGUAGUCCCCUUAGAUGGUUAUAUAUCUCGCUAAUUGUAUUGUGCCUUUGACGUGAAUACGUCAUCAGUUUUAAUACCGAUAAAUAGAUCUUGUUUACAAAUGGUAUUAUAGUCAGCUUCAAGUUAAUGAUUUAUUGACUCAAAUAUUGGUAUUGGUGAUACUGCUAUGCUUUAAUAGAUUUUCAUACAUCAUGGUAUAUGCAUUACAUGGAAAAACGUAGCCUUUUUCACAAAUGUAUAUAUAGUCACUCCUACAAUAUUCACAUAACGAUUCAGUUAUAUUUUUACCUUUCUUGUCUACAGAACAAGUAAAUACCAUUCUUAUCAUGCCUUUCUUAUUAACGAGUAAUUUUCAGUACCAAGUUUGUUUAAAAAAAAAAGGAAUCAAUUUCUCUUUCAUAUGUUUUGUUUACAUAC